AGAACCCCAACACCACCCAGAACCCCAACACCACCCAGAACUCCAACACCACCCAGAACUCCAACACCACCCAGAACCCCAACACCACCCAGAACCCCAACACCACCCAGAACCCCAACACCACCCAGAACUCCAACACCACCCAGAACCCCAACACCACCCAGAACUCCAACACCACCCAGAACCCCAACACCACCCAGAACCCCAACACCACCCAGAACUCCAACACCACCACAACCGUCCACUACACCCAGACUAACCAUUUCGGCAGCCGUUGCGAGUCUCUAACCUACAAUAUCUCACUCAUCAACGGCAACAGCACCUUCCAGUUCGACGUGGGGGGCCGAUUCAACCUCACUGGGGUCUUCCUGGAGACCUCCUGCCCAGAUUGUCUGGUGAUGAAGUGGGAGGUGAGCUCCAGGAGGAGGGAGUCCACGGACCUGUACCUGCUGAGGAAGACGGAGGGUGGGAGAGAGGUAGAGGAAGAGGAGAUGGAAGAGUUCAGGAAACAGGUGGAGUGUAUGGGGCUGCCGCCGCCAGUGGUGAUGGAGCCGGGGGAUGCCCUCUGUGGUUCCUAUCAGCUCCCCUGGAAACUCUGAGGACGAGGAGAAGAAGACGAAGCUCGAUCAGAGAGUGGGGGCCCUGAGACCGAUGUAGAGACACGUUUUCUGUCGUCUGUUUUGUAUAUUAUUAUUAUUAAUCCAACAUUUCUGUGUUUACUGUUUGUCGAUGACCUGUAGAAUUUUGAGGGGAAAAAGAUGCACGAUUUGUCAUAUUAUUCUGUCUUCUUUGCUUCUUUAACAGAUGUAAUUACGUUCACAGACUGAUUUAAUGUCCCAGAGUUGAAGCUGAUUCACAGAGACAGUGGGAUCCAGCGGGAAUGUCGGGACGACAUUCGGACUCUAUGCACAAUGGGAAAGAAAAGUAUUUUAUAAUUGGAUUACUUUUGUAUAAUUUGGCAUAACCUCAUUUGUCCAUAUGCAUUAAAGUGCUCAUACUGUUAAUUCUCAGAUUAAACUGGAUGGAACAGUGAACAAUUAGUCAUUUGUGAAAGAGAGAGAGAGAGAGUGUUUCUGCAGAUGUGGGCGUGUGCACAAGCAAGGGGGGAAAUGUGGGUGUGAGUACGGACAUGGACAGGGCCAGGGAGAGAGUAACCUACUUUCAGAACUAUUGGGUACAUGGUCCUACUUGGGUACUUGGUUCUGAUUAGACAUGACGUACCUGUAGGAUCGACGUCCCAAAUCCCACAACAAGAAUAAGAAUAAGAAGGUCCCCUGUAGAUCAGGAACGUUCCAGCCCAGUGGCGUCGUCACCAGCACAGACGAUACCAUAUCAACAGACCGACCUGCUGAAGACUGACUGUUAUAAACUGUUCUAGUCCAGACUGUUGUUUCAAGUCAACAGAGCCAGCCAAUUGGCAGUCUACCCGUCUCAUCAUGGCAACAAUGGAGCCGGUGGCCAACCGACAGAGCUCAGCCGACUCAUUGGUCGAGUGGGCCAGCGAGGUUUGGGGGAUGGAGGAGGGCGAAAUGGACCCCACUCUGGCCCAGGACACUACCCCUCCUCCUCACCCGUUGGUCAAACAGGCACCCAGAGCAAAGUCAGAAGAUCUGGGGUCAGAAUCUCCAGAUACUCCAAAGCCUAGACCCCAAGUGUCUCCCUCAAGUGAGAACCUUACAGACUCAACAAACAAAAUGGCAGAAGUGGUUCCUAAAAUGGAGCAGGAGGCACUUUCUGGGGUAAAUCAGGUGCCUAAUAGUAGAAUCCAGGUGGGUGAUAGUGAAUUGGAACGAGACCUUAAAAUGAUAGAUGACAAUCACUGUGAGAAGGAGGAAGAUGUCGCUGCUUUUCGGUCGCCUCUUGCCUGCAUUGGCCAAGCCUCACCUGCAGAGGGCGCUCCAGAGACCCAGCCAUAUCCAUUUGAGGAGGAAGAAGAAGAAGAGGAGACCAUUGACUGUAUCAGCGAUGGUAAGGUGGAGGUGAUCUCUAACUCUGUAGAGGAGGAAAUGUCGUCAUCUGACAGCCAGGGUAGCCAGGAGUGGCCUUCGAGAUCUCACCUUGAUGACGUUGUGGAGGAAGACAAAGAAGAAGAAGAUGGUGCCAAGGAAGACAAAGUAGAGGAGUUUCAGUCUGUUGAGAUGAUGGAAAAUGGCGCUGUACGGUUGCAGUUGAAUGCAGAGCGUCCAGAUAGGAGUGAAUUUGAGCAGGGGCUGUCAGAGACGGUGUGUGCUACUGAGAAGGCUUCUGUAGAAGGGGGUCCUGUUGAAACUAGCAGUAGCCCCCCAUCAGUGCAGGUAGCUGACAAGCAAGAGGUUAGUGAGUGCCCAAUCAGUAGUGACAGAGAGAAGACAAUGUCAGACAAUAACAACCAUGAUACUAUGAAGGCUGCUGAAACUAGCACUACCACCCACUCCCCACUAAAAAGAGAGAGUUCCGAUGACAUAUUCUCUGAGUCCCCGGAAAAUCCUGAAUCAGCUCUUGCCGGUGAUGGAGAGGAGAACCAGAGUGUAGACUCCAAGCCUUUAGACAUCAGCUCAGCCCGGAGGCAAUGGGUUAGGCUGGACAGUACCAGAAGCAAACUCCCUCAGCCUGAGCAAUCCACCUCCUCUAGAUCCUCCUCUUGUAGCCACCUAGUAGACCUGGCUCAGCCCCGGGUGUAGUUACACCAGACAAACAGCAGGGGGAGCAGUUGUUACGAAAUGUCACUGCUGCUCUGACGCAUCAUAGUAACCAGGAAGUGGCAGCACAACAGGUGUUCAAGGGAGCAACUCUGGCUCCGCCCCUGGCGACAGUCGCCAAGGAGCCAGCUAAUCAGGUCAAGGCAGAUCUCCUUGGCUCUGGCUGUGUUGUAGUGAAAGAGCAGGCGGGUGGAGAGAGAAAGGUGGGAAAGAGGGAGGGAGACAACAGGCAAACAGGUGGAGAGAGAGGGCAGAGAGCGAGUGGACUUGGCGCAGCGGGCGAGGCAGACAGGAAGAAAAAAGAGGAACGGAUCGAAGAAAAGAGGACAAACCCUGGGUUGUUGAUGUCGAGAGACAGUCACAGCAAAGCUUCCAAGAUGAAGUUGGGAGGGGACUUGUUCGAUGACAGCCAGAGUGACAGUGGCGUAUCUGCCGACUUCUCCCCUGGUAGUACUGUGGAGCUCCAAACCACCACCCCCACCCUCACCUCGCCUCCGGCCGACGAGACCCCCAUCGAGAGGGAGAUCCGUCGGGCAGUGCAACGUGAGCAGUCCCUCAGGAGAUCCAGGGGCCUCCACAACAAUCCUCCCACCCAGGAAUAUGUGGACAUCCCCUAAGGAAGUCAGUCUUGACUGAGACCCUGCCUUCCAAGUCGGACAAGAGCCAGGGGGAAGGACCGUCUGUUUGCGGGGAAGAAGAUGCAGAAGGAGAUCAGUGUAGAGACCCAGAGGGAACAGGUCCUGGUUCGACUAGGGAAAGUUAGAGGUUCCUAUGACAAGGGGACAGUACGCCAGCUCAAGGAAAGGAAGAAGUUAUUCGAAGCUUUCCAGGAGCCCAAGGAGACAUCCUUGGGCUCCUCGAUGAUACUGUCCCAGAGCAAGGCACCCUCCUGGGCUUCGGCGAGUGACCUCUCCACUCUGGAGAUCCAGGGGAACGACGCUUCAUCCGUGUCCUUUGUCGGAGGCUCGUUCGGGGAGAGAAGACGUAGUAGCCUGGAGCUGAUGUCCCAGACCCAGAACCAGAGCCCCUCCGGAACACCUAAAGGCAUCACCUACACCCCUCAUGGGGCCCCUGUCCCCCGGGGCCCCACUCUCUCCGAGAGCGCCGGGGGCCAGAUAAUCAUCCUGGAUAACCACCACCACCUGGUUCUCCCCGCUCCGGCCCACGUCCACCACGUCUCCAAGCCCCUCAGGCACUCCCACAGUACGGGCACGCUCACCGAGACACAGGGCCUCACCGUGGUCGACUCCGCUUCUAUAUACUCCUCAACCAGUGCAUUCAGCGGAGAAGAGAGAAGGGGGUUUUGGAGGGAUGAGGAUGGAGGGAGGAUGGAUCAGGAGGAGGAGGAGGAAGAGGAGGUUCCAAAGGAGAACCCCUUCUUCAAGCUGCGCUCCUCAUCGGUGUCUCAGGACAAGGUGGAGCAGGAUAUCCGGGAAGCCAGGGAGAGAGAGAAGGAGCUGCGGAGGCAGAGGAGCAGUCUGUACAGGGAAGGAGGAGGAGGAGGGGGGAGGCCAGCCAGUAGGGAGGUACAGAGUCCCACUUCUCCUCCUCCACCUCUACUACUACAGAACGGACUGGUGACCCCUGACCUAUCUGUUACCCCCUCAUCGCGGACAGCCUCUGCAACACCAACAGCACGACAGUCUCUUGGGAAGCUGGGCAUGUGGCCUCCACCACAGACAGAUGAGUAUCCGGAUAGCCAAUUAGAGGGCCUCCAGAGCCCACGGACCCCCAGACAGAAGACUCCUCUCCUGCAGCGCUGGGAGUCCGGCCAGGUCAUGAACGGCCAUGGAGGGGAGGAGGAGGACUAAGACAGGCCUCGUGUCAGUUUGUCCUUUUAGAGCAUUAUGAACAAGAUUACAUAGACAAUGGGGGACGUGACCCUAGAUCAGUACUUCUAUUAUGAGACGGUCUAUGAAUACAGGCCCGGAUCUACUGCUGAAAGCAGGGGAAGGACGGGAAGAAACCAGAUCAUUGGAAUGAAGAAUUGGAAACAGACAACCAGGGAAGUAGAAUAUCUGAAAAUGCACUGGAGAGACAGAGGUUUUGGGAGUUGGAUCUCUGAACUGUUGGAACCAUUUUAAUGUCAUAUCAGAACUUUGGAACUGAACUGUAAAUUGGAGCUUUGGAAUUUAGUGGGGGGGGAUUGGAACCAAUGGAUGGUCAUUGGAAGAUGUUUUUACCAGAAGAGACUGGCCGAGUCUCUACAGUACGGUUUUUGUGAGGGUUGAAGGAUGUUGAAAUGGGUUGCGUUGUAUUGUUUCUGAAGCACAUGUCUCAGCAUGGAUUUAUAUGCAUAUGUAUAUAAUUCACAUUUUGUGACAAAUCAAUUUUGGGAGAAUAUUUCCUUCCCCGUAGUUUCUAUUUACUAUAGAGAAGCCGUUUCUACAGAAUGUAAGUUGGCAUUAUGAUAUAAUUAUGUGUAUAUAAUAAGUGAUUAACAAAUGUAACCUACAUUCAGUCAGCUACCACAAACCAAGUCAGUCAACAUAGUAAAUACUGCUAAAUCUAAUGUAUGAUACCAUUGUAGUAUAAUCAUUCAUCAGAGAUGGUGUUUUUAUGCAAGAUGAUUUUUGGCACGAACAGUAUGUCUCUGAUUUCCAUAAAGUAGUCAGGAUGAACAAAUACAUACAUGUAAACCCAA